CCGAGCCGAGUCGGAGCGUAGUGCGGGGCCGCGCUGCCUCGGUCGCCCUUUGUUGUUUCGGCCGCCGCCGAGCCCCUGGUCUACAGCAGCGGCGGGGCAGGCGGGCGGGAUGUCCCUGGACAACCUCCUCGGCAUGGACGAGGGAGCGCUGCGGAAGCUGCUGGAGGCAACGCUGGACCUGGCUGAACGGCGCCGCAUCCGCUCGGCCAUCAGGGAGCUGCAGCGGCAGGAGCUGGAGCGGGACGAGGAGGCGCUGGCAUCCAAGCGCUUCCGCACAGAGCGCAGCAGCCACCGGCAGGAGGACAAGGAGAACUGGCCACGAUCCCGGCACCUGGAGGAGGAGCAGAAGGCAGCCCUGGCUGCCUUGUCUCAGCAGCUUGAAGCCAUCACUGAUGUGGAGGAGCUGACAAAACUGCUGCGGGCAGCAGGUGAGUACGAGGAGCGCAAGCUGAUCCGAGCUGCCAUUCGCAAACUUCGGGCUGAGGAGAUCGAAGCUGCAACCUUGGCUGAGAACAUGCGCAGCAGCCAGAGGGAUGGCAGCGAGCCCCCCGCAGUGCCUGGGCAUGCAAAAAGCAGCCAGAGGGAUGAUGCUGAAACGAAGGAGAGCCAUAGGGGUGAUGCUGAGCUGCCAGCCCUGGCUCAGAGCAGGGAGACCUGUGAUAAGGGCAGCUCCAAGCCCCUGGCUGCAGCCAGGAGUGGAGAGAUCAGCCAGAAGAAUGAUUCAGAGCAGCUGGAAUUGGCUGGGCCAGGGAAGAGCAGCCACGGAGGGUGUGUGGAGCAGUCCCCUGCACAGGAGCCCAAAGGCUCAGUGGCCCAUCAGCAAGGCAACACAGUGGAGCAGGAACACAUCCCAGCUGGAAUGCAGGAGCUAUGCAGUCGGCAGGUGGGAGACCUGCAGAAACCCAGUGCCCAGGCUGUGGUCUCGGGGACCCUUGUGCUUCUGGAGCUACAGCUGCCCUCAGAGCCUGGUCUGGAGCCCAAAGAUGGUGGUGAGGAGGGGGAGCAGUGCCACUCAUGCUCCUCAGGAACUGCCCAGUCUAAGGGGCAGCCCCGGGCAGCCUGGAAGGCUGGGAUCACGGGCAGCCCUGCUAUCUCUCAAGAGCUCAUUGCGGGGCAGAGCUGUACACCAGACCAGCCUAGUCCUGGCAGCCAGCUCAGCACUAGGGUGUGUGGGCAGAUGCCAGGGCUGUCUGGGAGGUGUGUGGAACUGGCAGCAGUGGCAAGGCCCACCCAGGACACAGUGGGGACCCCAGCUCGCCUGAACACUCACGGUUGGGAGCAAGCAUCCUCCUCCGUGUGCCUGUCCGGCUGCACAGAGCAGAGCCGCGCCGGGUCGCUGCCACGGGCUGCCUCGGUGCGGGAGCGAGCCCAGCGCUUCUCCCCGGCCGCGGCUGCGGACGGCCCGGCGGGGGUGGGCGGCACGGGGGGGCGGGCCGGGACCGCCCAGUGGCAGAGGGGGCCCCGCACUGCCCCGCCGGGGCCCGCUCAAAACGCGCGGGCCGGCGGCAGCGGAGGUGCAGAACAGCUCCCGGCCCCGGUCUCCGCCGGUCCCCGCCCUGCCCGCUCCCGCCCAGGUCCCGGUCCCGACGGCAUGAAGACCUUCUUCACCAUCGAGAUCAAGGAUGGGCGUGUGCAGCCCCUCACGCCACGUGUCGUGGCCACCCCCAGCAACCAGCGGGCAGAGGUGACCCUAGGGCUACGGAGUACCCCCAUCCGUAUCACCACUGUCCCCAAAAGCAGCAGCAGCAGCAUCUGCAGCAUCAGCACUGUCAGCAGCAAUGUCACCAAGAUGGAGCCAGAAGUGGUGGAGAAACCCAAGGCACCAAGGCGGGUGGUGGAGCAGCCCCAGGCACCGAGGCUGGAGCCAGAGUUGCCUAAUGGCAUGGAGAAGGUCCAAGUAAGGGAGCUGGAGAGAAGGAGCAAGCUGAAUGUUGAGGAGCUGAACAGGAUCGAGGAUGAAGAUGUUCUGGAUAAGAUGCUGGAUCAGACAACAGACUUUGAGGAGCGGCGACUGAUCCGAAAUGCCAUGCGGGAGCUCCGCCAGCGCAAGCGAGACCAGCGGGAAAAGGAGCGGGACCAGCGACUGCAGGAGACAAGGAGCCAGGCAACGGCAGGGAGGGCUGGCCAUGCCACGGAGACCACCACUACGCAGAGCAUGCAGUCAGCGGAUGGCUCAGCACACAGCACCAUCACCAAGACUGAGCGGCUUGUCCAGUCAAGUGAUGGCAGCAAGACUUCCCGCACCACAACCAUGGAGUCGAGUUACUCGAAGAGAUCAGACAAUGGCAACAGCACGUUCGUUCAAACCAAAUCAUCCUACAGCUCCUCAUCCAAGAAGAUGGGCAGCAUCUUUGACCGUGAAGAUGAGAGUGCCUCCAGGCAGAGCAGCCUCGCUGCGCUGGAGCGGCGCCAGGCGGAGAAGAAGAAAGAGCUGAUGAAAGCACAGAGCCUGCCCAAGACAUCAGCCUCACAGGCUCGCAAGGCCAUGAUGGAGAAGCUGCAGAAGGAGAGUGGAAGCUUGUCAAACCCUUCAGCAGGGCGCCAAACCACUGUCCAGCGCUCCUCCAGCUUUGGUGUGCCAAAUGCCAACAGCAUCAAGCAGAUGUUGCUGGACUGGUGCAGAGCCAAGACCCGGGGCUAUGAGCAUGUGGACAUCCAGAACUUCUCAUCCAGCUGGAGUGAUGGCAUGGCCUUCUGUGCCUUGGUCCACAACUUCUUCCCUGAUGCGUUUGACUACAGCCAGCUGACACCCCAGAACCGCCGCCACAACUUUGAGGUGGCCUUCUCCUCUGCAGAGACGCUGGUGGACUGUGUGCCCCUGGUGGAGGUGGAAGACAUGAUGAUCAUGGGGAAGAAGCCAGACGCCAAGUGCGUCUUCACCUACGUGCAGUCCCUCUACAACCACCUGCGUCGUCACGAGUUGCGCAUGCGACAGAAAGAGUGCUAGAGCCUGCCCUGCCUGCCCCCCUGCCACUCCCUGCCCUCAGGGCUGCUGGUGGGCAGGAGAGCUGCCUGCCCCAAGAAGGUUCUAGGAGCUCCUGCAGGACCAGCACUGGGGAUGGGGGGGGCUCUGACAUUGGGGCAUCCCAUGCCUCUGCCCUGCUGGAGCUCCCCUUGCCCUGGCCAGCUGCAGUCUGACCCCAUGGGUGAGGCCAGGCAAGCGCUGCUGGGGGUGCUCCCUAGCUUGGCUUGCCUGCCACGCUGCAGUGUGUUUAGUUACUUGUUCUCCAGUUGUUUUUCCUGUGGGCAGCACUCCUGUUGGUCAGUAGCCAAGCAGGGAGGUGCAGUGCAGCCCAGGUCACAGUCGUGCCCCAGCAGCGUGCCCGUGAGUGGCUCCCCUUUGCCCUUUGUGAGAAAGCUCCUCUGCCCACUGCAGGCCCUGCUUGGUGCCACCUCCCUGGGGACGGCUCCACAGCCCUGUGCUGGCAUCUUGCUUUCCACCGCACACAUGCACCCUGGGGCACUUCAACCGGGGGGGGGGGGCUGCAGCCCUGUGUGUGGGGUCAGGUGGGGCAGUGAGGGGUCCCAGGGGAGCAAGGGGACCAAGGAGGGAGCCAGGACAGCAGCCCCCACUUUCCUCCCCCGCCCAACUCAGGGCACCACGUGCUCAGCGCUGCUCACCCCUCCGUCACCGUCUCUACACCCGUGUUGACACGUGUAUCAACACCAGCCAGACAAUAAAGGUUUAUUCUACAGAGUGGUGACA